UGCGGCUCUUAUUUGUUCUCUCCAGCAGGAGGGCGUUCCGCUCGACAACACUGAGACACUGAGCACGAUUAUACCGGCGUUCACCGAUUCAUAUUUAGAUGCUGCCGAAGCUUGGGCUGUGUGUGUGAGCGCUCUGACAGCCGGAGCAAUCCUUCCUUCAUGCUAGCCUUCCUGCUGCUUUCACUGCCGGGGGAAAGGCGACGGAGGAGGCCGGGCUCGAAGACAUGGAGGCUGGCCGUCCUUGCAGAGAGACUGAACUGUAGGACGUGAUUUCUUCGGGGUGUUGACCCCCCUAGCAUGGACCCCGCCCACACUGGAGGGGAUAUGUCACCGUUGUAUGUGCCAAGAAAAAGGAAGCCUGUCCAGUCACAACCAAAAAGUGGAGUGCCAUGUCCAGUUGUCCAGCGAAUGCCAGAAAGAGCCUGUGAAUUAAAUUCAGUUGGGUACCCAGAGAAUGACGAGUCUCAAACCCAAGAAGCAGUAAAGAUGAAAAGAACUUAUGGGAGAAAAAGGUAUGAGGACCUUCAGAGUGUUUCCAUAGGAACAGUAGAUUACCCGACCACCAGCUGCUCUGUGAUGUCAUCAGACGGCCUGGCCAAUGGGUCAGACCCAGAGUCCAUGGCUCCACCUACUGCAAGGCUCCCUCCAAGACUGGUGGUGAAGGAUGUUUGGCCUCAAGGCCUGGAUGCCAGUCGGGAGCAGUCCCAGCCUCAGGACCAGAGCUGGAACUCCAGUAGGGACCGAGGCCCCGACGCCUGGGCUCCAGGCAGAGACCGACCCCAGGACCAGGUCUGGAACUCAGGCAGAGACAGAGCAGGACACUCCAGUCAAGACCAGACAUGGAUACAGGGCAGAGACAGAGCUCAUGUUGAAACAGACCAGACCUGGAUGAGGGGCGGGGAGCGAAGUCCUGAGCAGGGAUGGGGGGCAGGCAGAGAUCGGGGCCAAGAUCAGGCUUGGAAUGGAGGCAGAGAUCCGGAAAGAGAUCGGACCUCCUCAGGGCCAGAGCAGGGGUGGGGCAGUGGCCGAGGCCAAGACGAAGGCUGGAGCAACACAAGCAGGGACAGAGGAAACGUCUGGAGACCUGAUCUGAACAUGAAGAAAGUCCAGAGAGCGGAGAUGGAGCGCAGCCCCCCUGUCAAUAACUUCCCACAGCCACCAGAGGGCAGAGACUCCUAUAUAGCCAGCAUUGGUGAGGCCUCAACAGCGCAGCUAAAUGAAGACCAGAAACCUCCGAUCCUCCCGACCAAGAAGGAACCUCCAUCCUACCCUGCAGGAAGCCAAGAGGAGCGUUGGCAGCUCCAGAUUGUUGCCAAAGGAAGAGUCACGUGUCCAAAAUGUAAAAGUGUGAGCAGGAAGACUGUGGAGGGGCUCAAGAAGCACAUGGAGAACUGCCGACUGCAACCUUUUACCUGUCAGCACUGUGGCAAACAGCUCAAGUCUUCAACAGGGAUGAAGUAUCACAUCAUGGCUGACCACAGCCACUUGCCCUCAGCAGAUGAUGCCAAGGACCUUGACGAUCGUGCCGUCAAAGACAAACUGCGUAAAAUCCUGAAGAGACUGGGAAAAUUAAAAUGCUCUAAAGAGGGCUGUAGUGCUGCGUUCACUAGCAUCAUGGGAUACGUGUACCACAUGAAGAAGUGCGGUAAAGAGGAGUCUGAGCUGGAGAAGAUGCUGCUGAAUUGCUCUCACUGUGGGAAAACUUACAAAUCCAAGGCUGGUCUAGAGUACCAUCUGAAAUCAGAGCAUGCUCCCACACCACAAAAGACUGAGGAAGAUGAGGCUCUGAAGGCCAAGAGGGAGGCCAACCCGGAGAGGACGGCCAGCGGGAGGGUGCAGCGAGCUUCGGCUCAGGUGGCCAACUUCCACCUGGCUGAGAUUGCCAACAACGAGCUGCCCAAAGACUGGCCCAAGAGGAAGUUUCAGUCAGACCUGGUGCCAGAUGACAAAAAGUUGAAAUAUGCCCGACCAGGCCUGCCUGCUUUCAGCCAGGAGGUACUGAGGAAGUGGAAAAAUGAGGUGAAACUGCAGAGGAAAGUCCAGUGUCCCAAUCAGGGUUGUGGCUGCACCUAUACCAGUGUGUCUGGACUGAAAGCACAUCUGGGACUCUGCACAAGGGGUGACUUUGAGGCUGGAAAAUACAGAUGCCUGAUCUGCAAUAAGGAGUUUAACUCUGAAAGUGGAGUGAAAUACCACAUCAACUCUGUCCAUUCACAGGACUGGUUUGUGACGAACAAGAAGGCCUCCAAAAAGUUUGAGAAAUUCCUCAAAAACCAGCCCAAGGAAUUUUCCCAUAAUGUGGACAAACAGAAUAUGGAUCAUUACCACCAUCACCACCUGCAGCAGCAUCAUCAUCAGCAGCACCACCACCACCACCACCACCACCAUCAACAGCAGCAUCAUCAUCAGCUCCAGCACCAGCCUCUGCAGCACCCACUGCAGCCUCUGCAUCACCUCCAGCACCAAACCCAGUUCCUCCACCCAGAGCGACAGAACCUCUCUCCACAAGUGGACACCCAGCUCCAGCAGCCGAUGCUCCACUACACCCCUCUGGAACCUCCUACGGGGCCGAUGUGGGUGGAUAUGGACCGAAGAGAAUCUGUGCCGCUACCAGAGCAGGGCCCCAUCGACAUGGAUAUGGCUGUUGAUGAGAAACCUGAAGAGGACAGCAGCGGGAUGGUGGAGAUUAAAAGGAGAGAGAAGGGGGACAGAGGAGGGGACAGGGGGAAGACUGGCAGGAAGCAGAAAGAUUGCUUUGGUUAUAGCGGUGGCAGCGGCAGCAGCAGCAGUAGCAGUAGCAGCAGUAAUACCGGCAGCUCAUCGAGUGAAUCGGAGGUGGAGCAGCAGGACAGGCAGAGACAGAUCGACCAGUGGAACCUGAAACGACCAGGAAUCAUGGAGCCCCACACUGAGGCUGGAAAACGGCAGAGAAACGCUUAAAAAGACCCUGGAUUAGCACAGAGAAACUACACUUCCAACUGUUUUCAGCUGAUUUUAAUGGAGGUUGAUAAAGGUAGGACAGGUGUCCGUCCCUGCUUGAUUAGUUGAGACAGUGUGACAAAUAAAAAGACAUGUUCUACGUUUUCCACAAGAGAAAGAGGUAAGAAGGCAGCUGAGGACAAACACUAGAAACCUGUAACAUUUCAUAUAAUAAUGGUUACCUUAAAGACAACCUCAAGCUGUCGGCGUGGAUAUGAGACUUGUCGUUCUUGAAAUGGUUGUCAUUGUAUAGCCUGGAAAAAUGUAGUUAUAAUGUUUAUCUGUGUGUUUAUCUGGAAGAGAUUGUUUUUACCCACUUUAAAUGUGUUAUUCUUUUAAAAAGUUUGAUAAACACUUCUCGUCUUUCAUGUUUACCUUAAAGGGAAAAGUUAACCUACAGAGAGAAUGCUACAGUAUAGUAUUUUGUUAGACUUGUGUAGUCGCACUCUCUCUGAAAAGAUUUUGUGCCUCUUAAGUAUGAUCUAUAUAACUUCAUACUACUCAUCCUCACUUUUACUUACAACUGACUGGCCUUUCUUGGCUGAACAAUGUUCUGGUCGGAUUUGAUAGAAGAAAGGAUCACUUUUCUCUGGAUUGGAUUCUCUUUCUGUUCCUUUCUUUAUCAUGUUUUCUUUUCAGAUGUUUCAUACAUUUCAUUUUCUAACUGUGUAUUAGCAGUGAAUGCAGCUUUGUUCAUUGCUGGCAUUAAGUUGCCGUUCACGAACCAAAUCUGCCGGCAACUUGUGGUAACAUGAGAGGUUUGCAUCUGUGUAAUUCCCCAGUGCAGGUAAAUUACGUUUGAAGAACAGUAAAAUAGGAAGUUUACUACCACUAGUGUUAAGGGUGGAGUCUGCGAUUCUGGAGGAAGAGUGGUGAUAUUUACAUAGUGAGCAUGUGGCAGAGUUUAGCCUUGAUUAUACUCCCUCAUGCAUGCACACAUGGGCACUACUGCAGAAACCAUGGACGCGUAGCUGUCAAUUUUAUACUAAUUUCUAAUCCCUUUGGAGUCCACUUGGAGUACAUGUUCCUUAAAUGCCUCCAUUUUCUGUGUAUGUACACUACUACGGAGCAUGUGCACCACUGUCCAUGUAACAUAUUUUGGGCUGCACGUGGACAUCCACAGAGGAGAAGCCCUCAGACAACGAAAUUUAUGUCACCCAGACCCUCGCAUUCUCACAGAUGUUGAAAGUGCACCGCAGGCAUUAAAAUCCCUCCCGCUUCCACUGCCCCUUUGGUCUCAUCACCCUUCCAUUCCCUCAUCCUGUGCACGAGCAUGAUUGUGCACAGAACACGUUUCAGUAGUGUUGUGUGGAUUGCCGCUUUCUUUGUCUCCCAUUUGCAGCCACAUUGUCUGGCUUUAAAUCUAAAGCAACAGCUUGUCCAUCCUCCCCAGUUCUUCUGUGCAGGAAAUCUAUAGCUGAUGUACAGAAUGUAUUUCACCUUAAAACCGUCAAGAUUUGUGUUCUGUUUCAGUUUGUGUAGGAUUGUUUGAGAAAUGCUAAGCAGAGAACUUUAGAGGUUUUUGGUAGUUUCCAAGAAACGUAAACAACAAAAAAGUACAAAUGAGAUUAAUGUCUCUAUGUAGAACUUAAAAUUGAUUCUAACAGUCGGUGAUGUAUAUCUCUCUAAAUGGAGUUUUGACACGUGUAUUCCUGUGUUGUAUUAGACAUUGUUGAGAUGUGAGAGUUUUUAAUUUGCAAUAAUUUUGUAAUAAUUUCAGAAAUUGACUAACAGUCUUAAUUUAAAGGUCACUUGCUGACUUUUUCCAUACUUAUAGUCACACACUGUGGUUGUUCUCAGUGGAUGGAGUUGCUCAAGCUCACUACAUUUGUAGAAAAAGACAUCAAGUGUGACUGAAAACUAGAGGGAAUGCCAGCAAGUGUAACUUUAGUUCAUUUUUUAUGCUGAAAACUUCAUUUUUUUAUUCAUCUGAGACAUUCCACGUACGACAAAACACUCAUUUUCAUUAGUAUGGAAAUGAAGUAAGCACACGUUAGAAUUAAACACCAAUAAAUGUUACUCCGCAGAUAGACGCACUUGAUUUAUGGGCAAACCAAAAACUACAGCUGCCUUUCCCUUCCCAGAUACACUCUGAUGCAGGCAGACGCUUGGCCAGCUGAAUAUAAUGCAACAGCACAGAAACAUUACAAGUAAACAAAUGUAAGAAGACAUUUUAAUAUCUUCCGUUUAACAGACGACUCCAAACUGCGGUGGUUUACAGAUUAUGUUUGAAUGCAGACAGGCAGGCAGAUCACCACUAUCACUGAUGACAGCUAAGUGAUGAAGGAAAGCUAAAAAGCAUUUAACAUGGAGAAUAUGAGUUUUUAUCCUCAGUUCAGUCUUCAAAGGAUAUUUAACCGAUAGCAUGUACCCUAAUGUUUGUGUACUCUGCAUUUUGAAUCUACUGUAGUGAGAUAUGGUUGUCAGUCAUUUCUUUGUGAUGUUCUAACACUGUCUUGUAUGUUUUGUUUGUUUUUUUACUUUUUGCAUUUAUGAAUGUGUUUAGUUAUGGGUUUUCCCUCUCUUGUGCACUUCUGAUCUGCCAGAUAAUAGAAUUAUUCAACAAAAGUUACUCUUUAAUCUGUGAAACUAUGUGAAAGAAAUACUCUGUCACUGAUAUUUACUGUAUCUGAUUGUUUAAAAUGUUCUACCCUCCAUUGGCCUCCAUCAGAUGACUUUUGGUUAAGUUUAAAAUAGAAAACCUCUGAGGGCAUGGGAAGUAUUUCAGAAAGUCUUGAGGGUUUUUUUACUCACUGUUGGUGACAAGAAGUGAUGGAAAACAUACAGCGAUUUCUUUUCAACAUCCAGUGCACCAGAUAACUGAACGCUGUUACUGGAUUUUGUUUAGAAUCUAACGUUUCAUUUAUCCAGGAUGGACUGAGAUUGAGAGCUCUUCACAGGGUCUUGGUCAUGUUACUAUUACCCUACCUGUCCUCCAUGUUUGGUCCUAACCACUACAAGACUCUUUUGAUGAACUUUAUAGUGUAAAUCAGUGUGAAUACAACUUCCUAAUAAUUGUUAUAAGAUGAUCGUUAGAAUUCUGAUUCAAAAUCAGAUCAAAUACAGCAAAUAUCUGCUUUUCAUCAGUGAUUGCGUACGCUCUAUGGCCACUUGAUUAGGUUUGAUACACAACCGUUCAGCCGUGAAGUCUACUUUUAUGAUAUCUACAAUGUUAAGGCUUUGUUUAAUGCUGUCAUUCAAUUAUGUGUAUGUAACGAAAUGUAAAAUGGGGAAUAUAAUGUAGCCAGCUUUAACUAUGAUGAACAGGGUCAAAAAAAUAUUAUACAAUACUUAAUGCUUUUUUAAAAAGCAGUGUAUUAAUUAUAUAGUCUCUGUAAACAAGUUUGUUAUGUUUGUGUCAUUGCCUGAGAUGCCUGUUUAGAGCAUAACCCCACAACUACCUAUUAUUUUCAUUGUUGAAUAAUCUGUGUAUUACUUUCUUGAUUAAUUGAUAAGUUGUUUACUCUGUAAGAGGCCAGAAAAUGGUGAAAAUUUUAAAUCAGUGCCUCCCAAAGCUCAAGACAAUGUCCUCAAAUAUCCUGUUUUGUUCUCAAAACAAAGAUAUUAUGUUUACUUUCAUAGAUGAGUACACAAAUUGAAAGCAAUUCAAAUUUAAGAAGUUGGAGUCAAAUGAUUCAGACCUUUUUUUCUUUAGAAAGUUACUCAAACCAAUUCAAUCAAUUGUCUAAAUAGUUGCAGAAUAAUUUGUUAGUUGACAACUAAUUGUAUUUCCCCAAAGCCAACACCAAAGUUGGUAAAAACCUGCCUCAGAAAGGAAGAAGUAAAUUAGUAAAAUUAGAUUAGAAACUAUACUGUUACAUUACUGCGUCAUAGACACGUGUUAGCAUCCACACCGAUAAUACUCAUAACUGAAUGCACACAUUUUCAAUGCUGCCAGCAAAAUCAAAACAUUAUAAAUACUGAAUUAGGAAUGCUGAGCUGUUGUAUUGAACUGCCUAAGACUGUACAGAUCAAGUGGCUGCUGAGUGAGCAGUUAACCCAGCCCUCAGAGACUAAAAGAGACACAAAUGAAGCUAAUACUAGAAGAAAUGGGUGACGUGAUUUUAUGUAACAGGUUUUUUUUUUUUUUUGCUUGUUUGUUUGUUUUUAGUUUUUGCUUGUGUCUUAGCCUCUUACAGCACCUGGUUUGAAGUUUUUUAGCUGAAAUACUUCCCAUGUCCACUCAUGCUUGUGACCAAAUGUUUAUCGGCAUGCAUGCACUUUGAAGUGGAAAGCGGAACUUCACAGUACAGGCCUUUUUCACAGCAGAGAUGUUAACUAGUUGUUCCUGCUAACAUCAACGGUGCCUCUGUACUAUUCAAGUAGGCUGGUAAUUAUUCAGUUAUUUACAGAUGUGCUUGUCUUGUCUGAAAAUCUACAGUGAAAUGAGGACUGACAAUUUAUUUUAACCUCCAAAAACACCUUUUUUUAAAGCUCAAGUGAAAUUAAAACUCAGAAUGUGAUAAAUUUGUGAGACUCAAACAUGUUGCCACGAUAACUAAACCAUUCUUUAAAUAAUUCAUUCUUUUGUCUUCCUCUCCAGAUAGCGUCUGUUUCUUUUCAUGCACAACUCUGUCAUCCAGAUCCAGUCAAACCUGAAAGCUGCUUUUGUUCUAUUUUUGUAUUAUGUUGCAGAGGAGUUUUUAACCACUCUACAACCACGACAGAGGCGUUAUUAUCACAAAUUAUAUCAAAGACAACCAGUAACAACUCCAGUUUUCACAGUAGGGAGGAGCAGUGGCAGUCGUCAAAUAUUGAUCCAAAUUCUACAGGUUGGAGUUCUUGAUUUCUUAAGUGGUCUUGAUGCUGUUUUUAUGACUGUCCAGUAUGUAAAUUCUUGGUUGAAAACACUGAUUUGAUUCUGGCCGGCUGAAGUGAAGUUGUUGCCUUUUCAUCCAGUGGUCGUACUAGAUGUAAUGCUGGAAACUGGAGUAGUGUUAUUAAUGGUGCAGUAAAGGAGCUCUGUGAACUAAUGAAAAUAAUGAAAAGUUGUUCUAAUGUGUUGUAACCCACCAUCACCAUCCAUACUAAAAAUAAAUGAUAUUUAGGCCAGAUUGAAACAGUCAGUUAGUAGCCUUGUGCCAUCUGUAAACACAAAGACCUUGAUUUUUUAACUUUGUGAGACAGGAUUUCUAUUGGAAAACUGUGUCAACCAAUGCCACAUUAAAAAUCUGUAUAUUUAAUAUGUUCCGCCUUGGUUUUUUUUGUUUUUGUUUUUUUUUAGAGUGUAUGUACUGCUAUUUUAUAGUACCAGCAGUGUAAUAAAAGAAGAUAAUUAAAGAUUUAACUCAUGGUCA